UCAGCGACUCAGCGUUCUACCGUUCGUUGUGUCGUGAGGGUAAUGAAGAGGAAGAGAGAGGAGGCAGAUACGGAAAUUGUAUGGCAAACCCCUGCAAACCCUCCGGAGCGCCACGAUUACAUCUUCCGCAACGGGAGGCGCCACGUCAAGCCCUACUACUUCGAGUUCAUCUGUCAUGUUAAGAAACGAUGGGCCGGGAAAACCAUUGUGGAUCUGUUCGCUGAAGAGUUCAAAGGAAGGCCCUACGAUUAUUAUGUCAGUGCUGUAAACUCUGGGAGGAUCCAAGUUGAUGGACAAAUUGUGUCAGUUUCAUACAUAGUUCAACCAUCGCAGAAGAUAAGCCACUUCUUGCACAGGCAUGAACCACCAGCGAUGGCCUGGGAUGUCUCAAUUUUGCUGAAAGAACCUGAUGUUUUGACUGUGUGUAAGCCUGCAUCUGUUCCGGUGCAUCCGUGUGGUCAGUAUCGUAAGAACACAGUUGUUGGCAUCCUUCAGGCAGAACAUGGAUUGUCUCCUUUGUUUCCUGUGCAUCGAUUAGAUCGCCUGGUCUCUGGACUGCUUAUCUUAGCAAGAACUGCAGCUAAAGCAGAUGUAUUUAGGCAACAGAUUGAGGCUGGGAUGGUGCAUAAACAGUAUAUUGCAAAGGUUAUUGGGUUAUUCCCAGAGGAAGAGCAAGUGGUCAAUGUCAAUGUCAAUUAUAAUGCCAGAGAAGGGAGGAGCUCAGUUGAGGAGGGAGACAGUUAUGGUGAGACAGCCUUGAAGGGAAAGGUUGCAUGUACAAAGUUUACAAGGAUUAGUACUAAUGGAACUCAUAGUAUUGUUUUAUGUGAACCAAUCACUGGCCGAACUCACCAGAUUCGUGUCCACUUGCAAUAUACAGGCCACCCCAUAGCCAAUGAUGUGCUUUACCUCUCUAACAUCGUUGCGGAUCGUUCUAGUCAAGGAAAAACAGCUGGUAGAGCUGCGGCAGUUAACUCAGACCAUUCUCCAGUAUCUAAUUUUUCUUGUAAUGCUGAUUCUGAUGAAUAUGAAGAAAACUCCUGUGAGGACUUCAGCAUUGAUCCUAUGUGUACUAAUUGUCCCAAUUUGGCUCCUAAAGGAUAUGAUGAACAUGAAGAGGGUUUGUGGCUUCAUUGUGUGAAGUACUCAGGGCCUGGGUGGAUUUAUGAAUGCCCAUAUCCAGAUUGGGCCUCUCUUAGUUAAAUCCCUCUCUCUGUGGAUCACAGCUUUCUGGUUGGGAUGAUUGCAAGUGUGAACGAAUCUGUCUGCCAAGGAAAAAAGAUUUACAAAGAUGGCAAGAAUCAUGUAUCAGUAUUUAAGCACAAACCAGGCAUCAAAGUGUCGGAGGCAUCUUCAGUGCAAGGGAAUUAAUGAGAGAUGAAGGCUAAAUUUUUUGGAUAAUAUCUAAAGGCCAGACUCCUGACCUCUGUCUGAUGAUAAGAGGAUCGGGUGUAAAGAAUGAUAUACUUGUCACUUAUACUUU